AUGAUGAAUUCACAGAAUCCUGGCACUCGAACUCUCCUAGUGAAUAGCAGAGAAGAAAAUAUUUUUAUUGGGGAAACAGAACCGCACCACUUACUUGACCCCCGAAGAUGUGGAUCCCAAAGCAGCCUGAGCAUAACAAAUGCAUUAAGCCUUGUACUCCUCACAGCAACAGUUUAUCUUAUAUUGCGAGGCUUCUGGUGCAUGCAAGAGCUAAACUUGUACAGGCCGCUAGAUGGAGGCAACUACGCACGCCUCCUAUCGAAUUCACGUGCUCGUUGGAUUGUGGGUUGUGUAGAAGAAAGCAACACAAGGGGUGUCGGUGCCCGACGCUCUUCAACAGAUUCAACAUUCGACGUGCCCAUUCUAGAGGCUCCUGCGGCACGAUUCGCCACUGCUGCCAGUCAGAAAGUGAACAAGGACCACUUAUAUCUCAAGGAAGCUUUCUCAGGCGGUGUAGCAAAUACCUUAUUGAAUGCCCCCAUCGAAGAAGCAGAACUAAGACGUCAGCGGAAAGCUCUAAAUCUCUCUCGCAAGGAUCUUAGGAACCUACAGCUUAGUGAAAUCCAGCUUAUACUUACAGCGAAGGAGGGGAUACAAAAAAUGAUAGGCGAUAAACUUCAAAUUUUGACAACUAUGGAGAACCUAGUGGAAGAACGGAAGCAGUUGGAAUCGUUCGAAGCUAAACUCGCUCUAAAAGGAGGCGGGAACUCAUCCACAGAGCUAGAGGAGACAAGUCGAAGGAUCGAAGCACUUGAAAAGCGAAUGAAGAAACUGAGAGUAUCACUCAGGCGGAUCCGGAACACAAUGUCUGCGAUAACCCAGCACAGACUGCAGAGGGUCCUUUCUCUCAAGCUGUUUGUGAACCACCGCAUGCAGAACAGAAAAAUAUCAAUCACAGCAGCGAAUGCGUUAAGCAUAGCCGUUCUUGUAGUUAAAGGCGCACCUGUGAAAAAUUAUGUGCUACGCCCAGAGUACACCGAGGAAGUCCUGAAAGUAGGGGAAGAGCUUUUGACGAGCACGCAAAGUGCAACGGAAGACCUUUUACAGCUGCUUUAUUCACCGACAAAUGGCCUCAAAGCCAUACAGAAAAGGGUGGCAAAGUAUCGCUUGCUUCAAAAAGAUACAUCCACGUAUGCUUUGCAGAUGCGGAGUGCUUUGAUGGCUCCUUCGGAACGCCGAAUAAUCGGAAAACUUGAAGAGCAAAACUUGAAAUUGUGGAAAGCUCUAGAACAAGCACAUGGAAUUUUACAAAAGGGAACCACUGAGGGCGCAGCAAGAGCCUCACAGGGGAACCGAUCCACAAGGGAACCCUUUUCUUUAAUUCGUAAAAUCUUGCGAGCCCAAAGGAGUACUGGCCCGGACAAAUCACGUUGA